CGACUUCUAGCUCAUAUUUCUAUUUUCAUUGAAAAUAAAGUAAACUUUUUCAAAUAAAUAUUAACAAUUUCUCAAAACUGUAUCAUCAUCUCAUAAUCAAUUCAUGAAAGACCUUUUUUAUCGAAACUUUAUUACUGCUUGCUUUGAUGGCGUUUCCUCAACCUAAUGCACAAAGAGAGUUGACAAACAGAAAAAUUUUAGAAGAAUUACAGUUAAAGAAACAGAUGCUUUUGAAACAGGGUGCUGUUACGCCACUCACUGCCACGACUAUAUCUCUAACACAGUCGAAUCCCGUCAGCCAGCUGCCUAUGUGUUCUAUUCCACCACUCUCUGCUACUGCUGGGUUCCCACAACUUCCCGAAGCAAAUAUUGUAAACACUAGCCACAGGGCAGCACUGCAACACGCAAACGCCACAUCCUGUGGUUAUUUUGUAUCUCAAGACUCAUCCUUUGGUAACCAAAUACUGCCUGUACUGCCGAGAUUUGAUAAUAAAUGA